AUGCAGGAGUGGUGUACAAUCGAGUCCGACCCUGGAGUUUUCACUGAGCUCAUCAAUGCAAUUGGAGUCCAAGGAGUUCAAGUUGAAGAGAUCUACGAUCUAAAUGAUGAGCAAUAGAUAGCUUAAAUGCAACCAAUUUAUGGAUUCAUCUUCCUAUUCCGAUGGACAAGCAAAGGCGAAAAAAGAGAAUCCCUCAAAAUUUAUGAUCAAGAUCUCUUCUUUGCCAACUAAGUCAUUUAAAAUGCAUGUGCAACCCAAGCCAUCAUUUCUAUUUUACUCAAUUGCCCAUAAAUUGAAAUUGGAGAAGCACUCAGAAAUUAUAAAGAAUUCGCCCUUGCUCUAGAUCCCAAAGAAAGAGGCAACUGCCUAGGUGCUGUCGAUAUCAUUAAGACUGCUCAUAACAGCUUUGCUCGACCUGAACCCUUUAUUUUCUCUAACGAUAAGAAAAAAGCUAAGGAAGGUGAUGAUGUAUUUCACUUUGUCUCUUAUAUCCCCUUCAAAGGAAAGGUGUAUGAAUUAGAUGGUCUCCAAGAAGGACCCAUCUUGAUUGGAGAAUAUCAAGAUGAUUGGGUUGUCAGAGCUAAGGAAGCCAUCUUAACCAGGAUCCAACACUACUAAGAAAAGGAAACUGCUUUCACUUUGUUAGCUGUCAAUUAAUGUAGGAAAUUCAAAGCUAACAACAUUAUUUUAUAGUCUUAAAAUGAAAUACUCUAGAGUCUCAAGACUUUGUAAUUCAUAGGAGUCGAUUUAACUGAAGAGUAGACAUAACAAUUACUUCAACUUUCAAAUUAAUAAAAUAUUGAGCAAGAAUUACUGCAAGAAUCGUCAGAAGAAUUAUAAAAUAGAUUAGCUCUGGCCAACAACAGAAUUUAGGAAGCCCAAAUUAUACUUAGUGAAGAGAGUGCAAAGUUUUAAAAAUAUUAAGAAGAAAAUUCCAGAAGGAAGCACAAUUACAUUCCAUUCAUUUUAGAACUUUUUAAGAUGGCUCAACGAAAAGGUUAACUAGAAGGACUAUUGGAAAAGGCAUAACAAAAGUAAUAACAAAAGUUGUAACAAUAAACAAAAAAAUGAUAUUUAAGUUUUAUAAUAUGAACAAUAUAUAUAUAAAAUUUAAUUGA